UUUGUUUACUCUCGCUGGCAUUGCUUGCAAAUUCCGUACUUGAAUUUCGUUAAAUUCCUCAAAUAAUCAGUCCAUUUCAAAUAACAAAUGUUACCCGAGUGUAUUUGAUGUGCUACUUUUUAACGUAGAGGAAAAAUUAGAAAUGAACUCGCUGCACGCUAGUGAACAAUAGGCAGUUCAAGGUGUCUUGAUAGAAUUUUAUAAUUUUUACGAAGGAUUUUUUACUAGUAUCGCUAUUAAAAAAUAAACAAAAAUGAUGACCAGGAGAAAGUCGGUUCAGGACCCCCAUCAAACUUUAAUCGACGGUAGGAAAACCCCCGGUCCCAGGAUAACAGUGGCACGCAAAGCACCCCGGAAUCGUCGGAUUUCGGAAGCUCCAAUCGCAAUAGGCCAAAAUGGCAUUCCACACCAGACACCAAAUGGUAUAGAUGGGGAUGACGUGCCAAAAUUUAAGGGCUAUCGAAUUAUUGAAAUCGAUCAUUUUCUCCAAUGGGCAGCCUAUUCCCAAUUUAUGCAUUCCAAGCACUGUCCGGGUGGUUUGUUGAAGCCAUACCAGGAAUACAUCAGCGGAUGCUAUUCCACUUUUGCGAUGAAAUGCAGCAAAUGCUCGGCAAUAAUUACCAGGUCCUCGGAAAACUACAUUCACCAUAACAAACUGAUGAAUCGUCUGGUUAAGGGAACUGUCCAAAUGGGCAAAGAUUAUGAAGAAAUGAACACUUUUAUGGAAUCGUUAGAAAUUCCUUUCGUAACCCAGGACGAGUUCAGCUCCAUACGAUCUCAGAUGCAGCUGAAUUCUUCUUUGGAAGAUCAAUCUGCACUACAAAAAGCAGUCGAGGAACUGGAACAGGCUUCGGUGGCUUCCAAAAGGAAGCGACAUGGAAGCUGUAAAUACCACUACGAAGUGCUGAAAGUUUAUUUGAACAAAAAGAUGCGUAAAAUCGAGGAGAAUUUACAACUCUCAGUAAAUGAUUCUGUUGCACUUGCUGUAAAUGCCCAUCUGAAAAACGUGUCCCACGUUCAGCUUGUGUCAUCGAGUUCUCCGACAUCUCCUGCUGGAAGUAAUCAGCUGGCAACUGCAAGCACAACCAGCCAACAAAGCAAUCGUUUCGGAGCAGGGUUCUCAAAUGGGCCCCCAAACACAAGAGGCAAACAGGUUCACUAGACAUAUUUGAUAUAUGUAGGUUCUUCCACACCAGUUCGUACAAAAGUCCAUACCAAAAAUCUUACUGAUACGUUCACCUUCCAGUACUAUGUAAACGAUCUCCGAUUUUUCAAAGUAAAAAAAAACUCAUGAAAACAUACAUUUUCGUAAGUUUUUUUGCCACGUAUUUAACACGAUCAUAACGAAAUCUAGCUGUAGUUUUGUUCGAUACCAAAACCCACCAAAAAACGAUCGCUCGAAUUCGAUCAAGUAUUUUUUUUGUUAGUAUCUAUGUGUAUUCGGAACAUCAUUCGUGUCGUUUGUGUAGAUGUAUCACAAACAUACAUUGUAGUUUUAUGUUGCAGAGAUUCGUUGAACGAAAUAAAUCUUUAGUUGAAGGGUUUAAACCUUUGCAAUCGAUAACACUUUCACGUAGCAAAUGUUGCUUCAAUGACAAGGCCAAUAUAUUUGAAUUGAAGCCUUUUCUUAAUGAUACCUUUAUUUUCGUUUUGAUUAGUAGCUGGAGACCUAAGAUCUAGAGAUGUUGUGUAGACAAUUAGCGGAUUCAAUAAAAACAGCG